AGUUUACCUGUAUAAAACGUGGCGGGCGUCUUGUAGGUGAGCUGUUUAGCAAGGAAGUAAACCUACAAGUUAAUUUAAGAAUGGGUGAGGAAUUCAAUCGGCUGUGCUUAAGUCUUGUGGACAACCCUCUGCAGGAGGCUGCUGAGUGGGAGGAGUAUUACCAAAUGGUGGUGGAAGCUUUCUCCACUAUUGGGAAGCUUCAUGAAGAUUUCGGCGGGAAGACUGAAAUUUCAAUAGCAGGCAGCAGUGUUCAAGGUGGCAAAUUCUACCAAGCAGACGAUCUUGGAGACGUUGAUAUCGUGGUAGCCUCCCUGGAAAAUAUCCCCGACGCUGAGCAAAUGGAGGAUGUCCCCGGCCAUCCAGGAUCCGUGAGAAUUCGGCUCGACUGCGGCCCUCGCGGGGAGCAGCACUAUGUAGACAGCAGGUGCGUUAAGGCCAAAAACUCCCCAGAGGCUGUCUCAGAUUGUCCAGGGCCUCUUAGUCUUUUUUGGUCAGAUCGUAAAAGACCUCGAAGAGUUUAAGUUAGAUCUGGUGUUUAAAUACGGCACAGCGGCUCAUACCCUAGAAUUAUCAUCGGCCCUCUCGUCUCCAAGCAAGCAGCUGGAAAAAGUGGGUAUUGCGAUGACACCGUUGGCCAAGUCGGUGUCCGAGAACCUGACCAUAGCCGGUUUAGUUGGAUCAGGGAGAACAUACGGUCCACGCGAAAAGAAAUGGUUCAACGAACUCCACCGAGCUACAGCAGCCGAAGUAAAAAAACUUGAAGGGCGGCCCUUGAAAUUUUCUGAAUAUAUCAAAUCAAUUAAAAAGGCAUUUGAUAUAGGGAUCCAAAUGGUGAGGCAGUUUGAGACCGAGACAAGACCUGUAGAUAGAGAAGAAGAGGGUGGCAAGCAACCAUCACUGACCUGCCGUCAUAACUGUCCACAUGAAAAUCCUCCAGUGCCACUAGAAAAUUCAACUUUUGCCACUGGUCCCAACCAAAUUUCUGAAAACGACACAUUAUCAUGCAUAGGUAUGUCAUCGGCAGAGAGCACCAAGAAGGCAAAAGAAGCAGAAAAUUAUAGUGAAAAAGAUAAUCUUUUUGCAACCUCCACUGACGUCUCUCCUGAAAUGGGUGCUUCAUCGGGCAUUUCCGAGGAACCACUGCAAGCUCAGCGGAGCAUAGGCAGUGACGAAGAAAUUCUUUAUGAUCGGAAGUCAGGUAACAUCCCCAUCACGAAAAAGAGAGCCGAAGAGUAUUUCGGCCCCAGGCUGAUGCAUUUUAUGCUUGGUUUGAAUAAGGAGCAAAGUUCAACGAUGGGUGGUCUUAUUGGUCUAUUUAAGCAAGAGGAUCUGCCAAAGUCGGACGUUUUCCGUAUCCCUUUAGACGGUUCAGGGCCGCCGCUCACAAACCAGGAAGAGGCACAUGUCGCUCCCGUCCGUGACUAUCCUCGCAAACUGCAUGUUGAUAUAGUCCCUGCCUUGAAGUGUACUGGAUGGCCUAAAGUGGCAAACUUGUGGCCUAAAAGAUCGAGGAAAUGGCCACCGCAACAUGUUGUAUCUGAUAUCUUGGAGAAGGGUUUUUAUGUAGUUGCUAAACACCCAGAUGUUGCAGAAAUCGAGGACCCCGACAGCAUAUUCAGACUGGGUUUUCCUAUUACAGAAAACCUUCUCAGCGAUGCUAUGAGUCCCACUCAAAAUAAAUGCUAUCGUGUCCUGAAGGCCCUCCACCAGAAGCUGUUUAAACCCAAUACGGAGAACUUCUCGUCUUACCACAUCAAGACCACGUUGUUUUGGGUUUCUGAAGACACGGACGGGGGUUCCUGGUCUGAUGGCGACAUCGGCAACUGGAUCUUGCUGAUACUGAAAAAGCUUCGUUUUGCUGUGGGAGAACGCCAGCUCGCGCACUACUUUAUUCCAAGCCUCAACCUUUUCCAGAAACUAACAGAAAGCGAGUUCGCUUUUUUGGAAACCCAACUCGAUUCUAUUAUAAACGACCCCACUGGUGUCCUCAAGUCGCUUAUACACGAUAUCCAAGAAACAGCAAUAUCUGUGGCCAGCAGAAGCUUGCCAGAGGAAACGGUCCAACCCCCAGUCAACUUAAACCUGACUCCUGGGCAAACUUUUCACGACAGAUGGACGGAGGAAUAUGACAAGGUCAGUCAGGAGGCCAUAGAGGCUGCAUCAAGUACAAGUGAAAUUGACGAAACCGACCCAGAUUUUCAUUUUGUGGCGAAUGAAUAUAGAAAACUAGUCAUGGAGCAUAAACUGAGCAAAGAAAUGUUACGAAAGGUGAUUGGGCAAUCGAAAGGCAUGUCUUAUCUGAAAUAUAUUUACAAUGUCGCUGCCAUGAAAGCUACAGACAUGAGAGCAGUCGUCCUGAAGGAUCUUCGUGUUUUAGUGCGGUUUCACAAAUAUCUUGUGGAGCAACCCGACUUUGGUCCAGGCAACGAAGAAGCCUUGCUUAUACGUGCCAUGGAAGAGAUAGGGCACAAUGAUCCAAACAGGUUUGAUAUGGCUGAACUGUUUCCCAAAGUGGACGUUAGUAAUAUCAUUCAGUUUUACAACUCUAUGAGUGUGCCAUUGCCUGGCCAGUCGUCCUCGGGAGAAGACGUUAGUGGAAGGGAAAGCUUAAGAGCGGGUGGGGAAAGUCGGCGCCUUGUUGAUGACAUAGAUUUGGAUUGAACCUAGACUGAACU